AUGUCCGCUAUAUACACCGUAUUCGCCUCCCCUACGCAUACUCCGAUUCCGCAUCACCUCCCUACUUUGAUUGUUACCCCACAUGGCCAGCCCCAGAACGUCCUCUACUCGUACCUACAUACCAACUUUAAUGCAGAAAACUACCUCCUGACACCCUCUCCCCAAGGCGAUUUGUGUGUAGCCAAGCUCUUCCCACCCCUUACACGCAACGCCCAAGGCAAACCCCCUCCUUCCGAUAAUGCUUCCAAGGUCGUCCGCUGCGAGGCUUCGCGCUCACUCAAGUGGACGAUUACAAACACUGGCGUCUUGUCUCCCAUUUACAAACUCUCUUUGCCGUCUCCUGACUCACCGGACCUUCCGCUCUUCCAAAUCUCGAAGCCGAACCCUAAUGCAACUUUCUGGAGUAUGUUUUAUUUUGCAUACGCUGGCCAUCUCAUUCCUCCAAAGCGUAUCGAAUUCGGCAAGAUUCAAAAGAAUUCAGCUGCGGGGUCUGGCGGCGCUAAUUCUGGGGGCACUCGCAUCACCAUAACCGGCAAAACACCCGAGGAAAAGGCAGUGUGGCAGACCUUGGGAGAAGGAAAUGAAGACUGUGUCGAAUGGGUCGUCCUCUGCGCAGCACUCAACCUACUCGACGACGAAAUCAUCAAGGCUGCUGAAAAGUCUGGAACCCCGAUGCAAACAGGGCCCCCACCGGGUCACGUUCCGCCUCCAAACGCUGGUCCAGCCCCUCCUCGUCCCGGUCCUCAACAACGUCCUCCUGGCCCUCCUGGCCCUCCUGGUCCACCAGGACCUGGGGGAGUACCUCCACGUCCAGGCAUGCCCCCUCAGGCUGGAAGUAUGCCUCAAAUGCGCGGUCCCGGGGGCCCACCAGGACCACCAGGACCGGGUCGUCCUCCGUUCGAUCCGCGCGAUCCAAGGGCACAACAAUUCCCUCCAGGCCCAGGAGGGCCGGGUGGACCACCUUUUGAUCCGCGCGACCCAAGGGCUCAGCAGUAUCCUCCUGGUCAUCCGGGGCCAGGCUUCGAUCCUCGAGGCCCACCGCCCGCCGGAUACGAUCCAAGGGCAAUGGGUGGCGUCGGCUCUCCCGGCCCUGGGAGCCCUGGUGGACCAACGUACGACCCAAGGGAUCCCAGGUCCGGUUACGCCAACCGACCCCCGCCGGGUCCAGGUGGUCCGGGACAGGGCCCGCCUCCACAACAGCGACGCGUGUAA